GAUCACGAGAAGGAAGGAUAUGAUAAGCUGUGGCCGAUGAAGAAGAGAGCACGAGCACGAGUAAGAGCAGGAGUACGAGCAAGAGCAAGCGGCUUCGUCGAAGAAGUCGAAACGAAGCGACGACGAGGCGGCGGCAGCAAUACCGAUAAAAAGAUCAACACUAGAUCUGAUGUUAGCGGACAUUAACGGUAACUUGGCGGAUCUGAGAAGCGAAGCGAUGGCGUCGCAGAGGUUUUGUCUGCGCUGGAAUAAUCAUCAAAGUAACCUACUCUCCGUUUUCGACCAACUGCUCCAUGACGAGUCGUUCGUCGACGUUACGCUGGCCGUUGAGGGUCAGUUGCUCAGGGCACAUAAAAUGGUGCUGUCGGCGUGUAGCCCCUACUUUCAGGCCCUUUUCGUCGGCCACCCCGACAAGCACCCAAUAGUCAUACUGAAGGACGUCCCCUACGUGGACAUGCGCAGUCUCCUGGAUUUCAUGUACCGCGGCGAGGUCAGUGUUGACCAGGACAGGCUGACCGCCUUCCUGAGAGUCGCUGAGUCCCUCAGGAUAAAGGGCCUGACCGAGGUGAAUGAAGACAAGUGCGACCUGCCUAGCAUCACGUCGUCAUUGCUCGGUAACCAGAACACGGUACCACCGCCACCACCGAGCCUCCACAGAAUAAACCAAAUCGGGCCUCACCACCACGUCUCGCAGAAGAGGAUGCACCAUAUGUCCAGCCAUCCGCUUCUAGGCUCGGCCUUGUCCGCGCCGAAGAGGAAACGGGGCAGGCCGAGGAAGCUGAGCGGCUCGUCCGACACGCCGAUCGGCGAAAUCACCGGCCAGGAGUUGCAAUCCUGCUCGGGGGCCGAUCUUGUCCAGGGCUCGCCGGAAAUGAUGGAGAUGAAGAUGAGUAUCGACUUUCAGAGCGGCGAGAGUGGUGGGAACGCAGGCCGGAGCGGAAACGCCGGCAACGCGUCGGCGAGUAGCAACAACGUGAGCAGCAAUAACGUCGGUAACUCGGCGUCGGCGGCGACCAGCCUGGCCGCGGCCUCUUUAUCGUCGUCGAGGAAGGACGAGCCAACGGAGAACGGUACUGACACGCCCGAGUCGCUGACGCCACGCGUGAAACGGGAACCCGAACCAACGCCUAGCACCUCUGCCCAAGCCUCUGACGAGACGUUCGCGCGGCCGCACAGUAGACAAGGGAGCGAAGGUUUCAAGCAAGGUAAGAAACACCACUCCAAUCGGCUUUAAUCAGAUUAAUGGUUUGCGCCACCUUUUUAAUCAUUGUUUCUAACCGCGUAAUUUCUCUGAUCUAUAUUAGCUUGAGAAAAUUUUAACGUCUCAUUCUUGUCAGUGACAAUAAUAAUCAGCGGAAAUUCGACGUUUGCAAGUUCAGAAACGCGAACAGAUAUGGACUAACCAGGAUAACGGCAGAUCUCCUCUUGCCGAGUAAACUGUAUUUUUUUUUCCUUUUGGAAUUUAUAUUUUUGUAUGUUAGACUAGCGUUGGUAUCUGUGUCACGUAAUUUCAUACGAAUUCUAGUUUGUUCAGUGAAUAAAUUCACGGUAAAUGAUAACGUAUUAAAUGGAUAACAUACCGGAAAAUUAAGCAAUUUUCUCUGAUACAAGUUCGAUUUGGAUUUUUGUAUAACCGCCUGAUGAUAUAUUCAGUAUGUGCUCGUACGUAAUACCGUGAAAUGUUAUUUAAUGUAUAAUUAUUGUCCAGUAUUCAAAUGACAGUUUAGUGCUUAUAUAUCCUAAUUGAAUAUUAAGUCUUGAAAGUUGAUACGCAUUAGAAAUGUGACAGCAAUGAACGGGGAGAAGCUGUGCACUCGUUUAUUUGGAAUAUGCAUUAAGUUGUAUAAUCUACUUUACAUGUUAUUAGCAUCGCACAUACCAGUCCUCUUCUAACCUAUGUAUAUCAGUCAAAUAAAUUAAACGCCACGUGGUGACAUAUACAUAUUUAAAUGAGGUAAAUGAAGAAUGAAAUUUCUUUAAGCGCGAUCAUUUUCGUAUGGCUUUAUGCUAUGUUAUCUACAUAUUUAAUACAUUAUUAUAUCCUUUCCGAACUAACUUUGUGCAAAAUGUGGAACACAUUUGUGAUCAUGUGUAAUAAUCGUGAUUAUAUUUAAAUAUAAAUUAAGAACGAUGAUUUCGAACGAUGAACAUUCGAAUAACGUAAGCGGAACUGAAUAUCAGAUAUGUAUUUUUGCAUGAUCAAGAAUUUCCUCCUGCAAAAUUUCACUAUUACAUCGUGCUAUUGCUAAUUUCAACUAUUGGUAGAUUUGUGUCAAAUAUCUUUGUACGAUUCGUCGAGGUCGAUCGACGGUGGUAGUUGCAAUUGAAUAUAUACAUAUAUAUAUAUAUACACUCGGUUUAUACAAGUCCUCCUUAAGCGAUGUCUUUUAGACACUUAACAACCAAUCUAUCACUUGUUCCAUCCGAAAUGUUCUAAUAAAACAUACUUCAAACGUUUAACGAAAAAUCGAUACAACAACAACAACAACAACAACAACAAAACCCAAUCGAAUUGUUUUUGUUACGAUGUGCUAAUGAAUUUAAUUUUUCAGAAAUUGUCGUCCGUUAAUUUUACCGUUGUUC